CUAUCCGCGUUAUUCCCCAAAGACUGGUCUCAACUCUCCAGUGUAGUUAAAGUCUUGAAAGAAGAAGAAGAUACCAUUUCUUUUCUUUUCUUUGCUUACUCCGUCAAACAAAUUAGGAUCCGGAGAUUAAUUUCAACCAGAAGAAGAAGAAGAAGAAGAUCUUGUUGAUCAUCAUGGCGAGUUUAAUGGUUCCCCCUGUGUUACAAUCACCUCGAGAUGACGCCACCCAGCUCUACCGUGCUUUCAAAGGAUUUGGUUGCGAUACUGCAACAGUUAUCAAUAUCCUUUCUCAUCGGGAUGCAACUCAGCGCGCUUUCCUCCAACAAGAGUACAAGAAUAUGUAUCACGAGGAACUCACUAGCCGUCUUUCUUCAGAACUUAGUGGCAACACCAAGACGGCUGUUUUGCUAUGGAUGCAUGAUCCAGCAGGACGAGAUGCAACAAUUUUAAGAAAGGCAUUAACUGGGGAUAUGGUUGAUCUCCGAGCUGCAACUGAAGUGAUAUGUUCUCGUACACCAAGUCAGCUUCAAUCAAUUAAGCAGUUAUACUACACGAAAUUUGGUGCUCAUAUUGAACGGGAUAUUGAAAUGCUAGCAACCGGGGAUCAUCAAAAGUUGCUGCUUGCGUACAUAAAUACUGUAAGAUAUGAAGGCCUGGAAACUGAUCGAGCAAUGGUCGAGAGAGAUGCGAAAUCAUUGUUUAAAGCUGGAGAGAAGAAACUGGGAACUGAUGAAAAGACUUUCAUCCACAUCUUCAGUGGAGGAAGUAGGGCACAUUUGGCUGCUGUUAGUUCUGCUUAUCGAAAUAUAUAUGGUUCACUUAAAAAGGCUGUUAAGAGUGAAACUUCAGGGAAUUUUGAGUUUGGCCUGUUGACUAUUCUAAAAUGUGCAGAAAACCCUGCUAAGUACUUUGCAAAUGAACUGUAUAAAGCAAUGAAAGGACUGGGAACCACUGACAGUACACUUGUCAGGAUCGUCGUGACAAGGACCGAGAUUGACAUGCAGUAUAUCAAAGCUGAAUACCACAAGAAAUUCCACAAGUCUUUGGCAGAUGCAAUUCAUUCCGAGACAUCAAGCCAUUACAGGACCUUCUUGCUUUCUCUCGUUGGUUCUUAGACGUGAAAACUUAAAAGGAGGGUGGGAAAGAGAGAAGUGAAGGUGUGCAAAGGUACAAGGUAUUAUUAUAGUAGUAAAUAAUUGUUGAAAUGCUGCUGAUUGUUUACUACAUGCUUGUAAAACAAUGGAUUUUCUUGAUUUUUGUUUCUGACUGUAAUUUGACAAGAUUUCACGUGCACUAAAUCAGACUGGUAAUAUUAAUCAAUUAACUAACGAAAGGUUAAUCCCUUUUCUUAA